AUGAGUGGCGUGAAUGCCAAAUUGGCGAAAACAUUACAACGGUUCGAAGCCAAGAUCAAGGCUGGCGAUUAUUACGAAGCUCACCAGACGUUGAGGACGAUAGCCAACAGAUAUGUGAGGAGCAAAUCGUACCAGGAUGCCAUAGAGUUGAUCUCCCACGGUGCUCAGGCUUUCCUGACCGCUAAACAAGGCGGAUCCGGCACAGAUUUGGUGUUUUAUCUGCUGGAAGUGUACGACAUUGCAGAAAUUGAAGUUACUGAUGUCUCUGUCUCACGUUUGGUCCAGCUAUUGGUAGCGAUUGACCCGCAAGAGCCGAAUGUCAAGGAUGUUGUCACAGGGAUGAACAAUUGGUCGGUGAAAUACGGCGAAUACAAGUUUGGGGAUCCCUAUCUACACAAUGCCAUCGGGUCUGUAUUGAUUGAGGGCGGAUACACUUACGAGGCCGAGAGGUAUCUGAUCUUCGGCACACACGAUUCUGUCAACAAGUACAUCAAUCUGCUUUGGGACUGGUUUUGUCAAGAGGAUGACGUGGAGAACGUGGCAGACUUCUUUAGCAGGCCGAUCCUUAACUACCUCUUUAUCUCGAACGUAUCAUAUGCGUAUGAAGCCAGAGACAAGUUCCUGCAGUUGUUGAUCGAGAAGCAUUCGCCAAAGGUGGAUAUUAUUGACAAAAACGGGUUCAAGAUGUUCUACUUCCACGAUUAUUCCGACCUCAACUUUCUGCAAUUGUUGUUGCUAACAUGUCAGACGAAGAACGUGGACCUAUUCACCAAUCUGAAAGAGCAUUACGCUGGAUCGACAAGCAAAUACGCCAACGAGCUGGAGUUUUUGGGCCAGGAAUACUUUGGGAUCGUUGCCAGAAGACAAACUAAUUUCCUGCAGGAUAUGAUGGCUGGUUUCCUGGGCGGCGGCGCCAAGUGA